GGCCUAAUCGAGAGGGCCCAUUAUCUAAAGCCGGCUGAUCGAGUUCCUCUUCCCGGCGCUGAAAAUCUACAGCUCCACCGCUGCCUUCUCCCUCCCUCACUGGUUCGAAACAAGCAAUGGCCUCUUACGCUACGUUACUCGAGAAAACUCGAGUCCCUCAACCUUCAAUACAGAGACUCGCCGUGAUCUCCGUCUUCUCCAAGUUCCGAUCUGCUCCACACUCGGAAUCCGAGACCGGAAGAGAAGCUAUCUCCUUCUGCCUCGCCUCCGAAUCCAUCACCGUCGUCGACCAAUCCGUUCGCGAGCUAUGCCGAUUAGUCUCAGACUCGGCUCUGGACCUCUCCCGCGGCUUGCUCGAGCUUCAAUCCGCACUCGAAGGAUGCGACUCGAAACUGGUCCCAAUCUUUGUGAAAGGCUUAGGGUUUUUGAUUCGUAUCGGUUACGAACGUAAACAUGGGGAUUGGAAGUUCAAUUCUACUGAGAAUCAUCCGUUUGUCAGAAUUCUGUCUUGCAGAGUGGAGACGCAGACGGAGCUUCUUCACCAAGUAUCACUCUUCGUGAUGCGUACUCGGCGAUUGGGGAUGGUGGGAGUAUGUGAAUUUCUGGAGCCGUUCGUGAGUUUUGUAAUAUUACGUGUCCCGUUUGCAGAUUCAUCCCCGUCUUUGUUUGUGAGGGAGUUGAUUUCGUCAAUGGCUUCAGUUUGUUGCUCGUGCCGUCACGAAGCACUGCCCGUGUUCAGAUUGCUUAUGCGGUGUCUUAAGUAUGUCCCAGGGAAGAACUCGGAAGACAAUAGGAAUUUCAGCUGCAUUGUGAAGACUCUAGUGGAUGCUUACACUGUGGUUGCGAGAGACUUGGUUGGAAGUAGAUUGGAAGUAAUAGAAGUUCAUGUGCUUGGUGUUCAACUGGUAGAUACCGUGCUUUUGCUUUGUGCCUCUCCUCAUGUACACAACACUGAGCAAGAGUCUGUGAUUGAAUCGUUGAGGCACUUGUUAGCUGUUCAGAAAGACCUUGGAUUACCAUAUUCACGUGAUUUAUCUUUGGUGGUUCUCUCGCUGGUUUUCAUGCUUGCCAAGUCCAGUGUCGAGCAUGAACAACUCGCUAUUUUGAAGUUGCUGCUUUUCUUGCUCAAAUGGAAAAGUGAAAAUGAAAACUUGGCGGUUAGAGAUGCAGCCUGUUCAAGUGUGGAGCCUUUAUUAUUGUUCCCUAUCAUCGCGCUGAUGUCUUCUCCUUCUAAAUCAGUCAAAGGAGCAGCAAGUAAGGUUCUUUCCAUCGUAGAAAAUGUCUUGGUAAGAAUGUCAAAUGCACCAAAGAUUGAGGUCCACACAAGUGAGGGAGAUUCAGCGCUCAGCAGGGCGGGCUCUGUCGUAUUUAGGAUCAUGCAGCAACUCUGGCUUCAGAAUGACUAUGCACAUUCCACGUCCUCCUUCCUCAGAGUGACUUACAUCAAUGGAAGUGAAUCACAGGAAACUUAUCCUGGAUCAGUGACUUGGAAUUCACUACUUAGGGAGCAUGCUAAACGGUUGUGUGAUAGAAAAAAGUUAUCUGCAUCGUUCUGUCUUUCGCAAGAGAUACCUAUUCUACUCGGUGCAGUUGCUGGUGUCUUGGUGAUGCAUCCAUCCCUAGGACCUGAGGCUAUCGAUUCUUUGACUGCCCUUGGUGGCAUUGAUCCUAAGAUGAGUGUCCCACUGUUGCUAGUUGUUCUAUAUUACAGCAACUUGUUAUCUCGAACUAAUGUCCCGUGUCAGAGUCUAUUGUCGAAACUUCUGGGGUUGCUCCCAUCACUUGCUGCGCAACAGGUGAUGAUUCCACUUGUAGUUCAGACGAUUACACCAAUGCUACACAUGGAUGCGAAAGGUCUGUUGUAUGCUACAGCCAUUAGAUUACUUUGCCAAACCUGGGUAGUCAAUGACCGUGCCUUUUCGAGUCUGCAAGAGGUAUUACGUCCGAAAGGAUUUAAAGACUUCAUUUCAGAGAGACAUAUCUGCAUAAGUAUGGCUGCUUCCAUUGAGGAUGUAUGCAAGAGACACCCUGAUAGGGGAGUAGAUUUAAUCUUGUCCGUUCAGGCCUGUAUAGAAAGCCAAGACUUUUCAGUUAGAGCACUUGGUUUUCAGAGUCUUUCCCAUCUGUGUGAAGCCGAUGUCAUUGAUUUCUAUACAGCAUGGGGUGUCAUUGAGAAACAUGCUCAAAACAUCAAACUAGACCCUCUCCUGGCUUGCAGUGCCUGCCUUCUCCUAAAGUGGGGUGCAAUGGAUGCCGAAGCAUAUCCUGAAGAUGCAGAAAAAGUUCUCAACAUUUUGUGGGAAAUUGGGAGCUCUAUGCAGAUACCUAAGGAUUCUCAGUGGACAAAGGCAAGAGUCUCUGCCUUAAUGGCACUUGGUCAGUACGAGGUAUCGUUUCUGGAAAAGCAAAUUUCUGACUUCAACAAGAAAUGUGCAUAUCUGCUCUUCUCGGAGACGGAUGCAAAAAUUCUGAAUGCUAUAGAAGACCUUUCAGUCAAGAUCAUGAUUCACGAGCACAGCGUCCGGCGUAGAUAUGUGAGAGAGAAGAAAGUUUCUGGUAGUAAGAUUGAGAAGCUGCUGGAUGUGAUACCGCAGGUCAUUUUCCCUGCAGGGAAAAGAAUUAAGACUGGAGAACUACCUGGUGCGGCAUUAUUAUGUUUAUCUUUUAGUCCCAAAGAUGUGAAGCUUGGGUCAUCAAAAAGCUUUCGUGAUAUACAUGGUCAAUACGAGGAGGCAUUUAAAGUAGUAGCCAAAUCUCUCCAGCUCUCAAGAAACAUUUCCCUUGCGCUUAUCUCAUUGCAAUCGCUGAAAACUUUUAUGUCGCGUUGGAUGAGAGCUAAUAUAUUGUCCAUUGGUGCAAUUGCUUCAGAAUUAUCAUCUGAUAAAACUUUUAAAGCUGCAAACAACAUCAUGAAGAGUUUGGUAUACAUGGCUGAAGAAACUCUUCCAAGGUCUGCAGAAAACAUAGCACUGGCGCUGGGUGCACUAUGUGCAGUUUUGCCAGCUGCUGCUCAUAAUAUUAAAGCGACUGCAUCAAAAUUUCUACUGGGCUGGCUAUUGGAGCAUGAGCAUGAACACCGUCAGUGGACUGCUGGUAUAUCUCUAGGAUUGAUUUCGUCGUCUCUGCAUGUGACUGAUCACAAGCAGAAAUUUCAGAAUAUAUCUGGACUUCUUGAGGUGUUGUGUAGCAGUAAAAGUACUCUUGUAAAAGGAGCCUGUGGGGUUGGAUUAGGUUUUUCAUGCCAAGAUCUGCUUACACGGACUGAAGCCUCUGCGAGCUCUGAUGUAGAUAGUGAGUCCUACAAGAACCAAGAAGAAGGGCUCUUAGGAAGGAUAGUGAGGUUGCUCUCUUCAGUUUUACAUCAUUUCCUGCGCACUCCGUGUGAUGUCCUAGAAAGGUUGUCUGCACUAUUCCCAAUUGGGAAGGAAGACAACGUUGUACCUUUGACUCACCUGUUGGAUGAAAAUUCUGAUGAUUUUGAUGAUGAUAUAUGGGGUAUCGCUGGGCUCAUCAUAGGUUUGGGGAUGUCAGUUGGUGCAAUUUACAGAGCCGGGAAGAAAGACGCUGUUGUAAAAAUUAAAAACCUUAUCGUAUCAUGGAUUCCAUAUGCAGAUUCUCUUCAGCAAACUUCAGAUUCUAAUGGUAACGUAUCAAUGAGAGUUUUUUCAGCUGGUUCCUGCCUUGCACUCCCACUGGUGAUCACUUUCUGCCAAAAAGUGGAACUGUUUGAUGCACAAGAGGUGGAUCAUCUAAUCAGUUGUUACAAGGACCUUAUUUCUGAGUUGCUAAUUGUUAAAACGUCUGGUGCUUUUCAUAAGAGUUUAUUGAUGGCUUCCUGUAUUGGGGCUGGAGACUUCCUGGGUUCCGUUCUGAAUGAAGGUAUCCACCCUGUGGAGAUUGAGCCUUUAAAAGGCUUAUUAGAACUAUUCAAGACAUGUUACUCUGGACUUUACCCACCGGUUAUUCACUUUGGUGGCAUGCUCGGAGUUGUUAACGUAUUAGGAGCAGGUGCUGGUGAUUUGGUGUUUUCCCAUCCUGUACCCGCUCCUUCAAGUGCCGAGGAAAACAAAAUCUCUUAUGUAUCGGGUCCCGUGCUUUCAAACUCAUAUUUAACUCAGCAGUUGACGCCAUUUGUGCAAGAAAUAUUCCUUAUCGCACAAAAUACGAAGGAUCGCCAGCAGCAACAUUAUGCUGCAUGGGCCAUCUCAUUCCUCAGGAAUUACUUGCGGUCCAGGGAUGCGUCAAGUCAAGGCAGUGAAAUCCAAUCUAGCGAUUCUCACCGUACUUCUAUUACUCACAAUGUUCCGGAGCAUGCCAUGGUCAUGAAACUUGCUCAAGGCCUGACAAAUCCAAGUUUGCCUUUGGCGGGUAGCACUCUGAACAUUGGCGCACUUGCAAGUGCUUUGCGGUGUUUGUCUCAUGCUCCGAGAUUACCAAACUUGGAUUGGGGAGCAACAAUAAGGCGAUUAAUGAGACAAGAGACUCAGCCUGAUGUAUCGCAAUCAGGAGAUCUUCUCAAGGAAACAAGUCUCAGGGAAGAGUGCUUGAAAUUUUCAUUAGCCCACGCAAGCGAAUUUGAUGAGCUCCUAACUUUUCUGGACGAGCUGUCUGAGUUAUCUAGAUUCAAGGCACUAGAGCAAAGUCUCCAGUCAUGCCUGCUCUGUCAUCUCGGAGAUUUAAUGAGAAUGUUCUCAGGUUCGAGAAUGGAUAAAUUGUUUGAAGAUAUCUCUUGCUUCGUAACCUCGCUAUCUUCAGACCAAGUAUAUAGCUGUGAUCAGAAAAGCUCAUUGAGGAUCUCUUGUUGGAAGGGUCUGAGCCAGUGUCUCGAAGGAACUUCCUUUGAAUCUUCAGAAUACAUCACAAAGAUUGAAAACUGCAUAGAGUUGCUUUGGGUAUUACCAGUAGCAACACAAUCUCCGAAAGUAGAUCAGAUGGGUUCGGUGAAAGAGUGGUCAGAGGCAGUUAGAUGUUUGCAGCAAUCGCAUCGGGAGUGGUUAUACAAAUUUCUACAGGUUUCAAGUCUUGAAACUGGAAACGGAAAGACUGACUUACAAGGUAAUCUAAAGAAGAUCCAAGCAAAAGCCAAGCUAGCAAGACUUGGCUCAAUUCCGUUUUCCGAGUUAGGAAAAUUGAAGGCUAUUAUAUUAAAUUGUGAAGAGUCAGAUAUCUGGGAUGUGCACGUUGAGGUAGUAGCGGCUCUGCAUCAAGCCGAAGGAGGAAUCAAAAGACAGUGGCUCAUUGAUGCUGUUGAGAUCAGCUGCGUUUCUAGCUAUCCAUCCAAUGCUAUUCUUUUUGUUGGCCUCCUCUCUAGUAUCUGCUGCGAAUACAUGGCGUUUCUCACUUUAGACCGGUCCACAGUUUUGAGGGACAUGUCAGUUACAGUAACUUCACUCCUGUCUGAUCCCAACUGGGAAGCUGUCGCAGAGCCUUUCAUCUCGUUUCUAUGGACAUCGUUGGAACGUGUUUACAGUUUUGCCACUGACUCAGACGCUAAUGCAAAGCUAACGUCGCAGCAAAUUGAGCGAAGCGAAAGAGACCAUGCACCAAUGCUUGUGAAGGUGAUGCAUCACAUUUGUGUAGCCUUCAGAGACCAUUUGCCUCUUGAGAAACAGCUUAGACUUGCUGUUAUGGUCAUUCCUUGAUUCCUUUUAUGAUGUUUUUGAUUUUCUGUAUAUAGGAGACUCUCAUUUCCUGGUAUGAGUUAUGCAUGUCCCCCUGUUGUAUUUUAUAUAUAUCAUGGUGAAUAUUUAUGGCUUUAUAAAGACUACUAUUUCGUUCUAAA